GUUUUCAAUCAAACCCACAUUUCACAGCUCAAGUGAGCCUGGUUGGACCGGAUGCGGCCAACCAAACGCCUCCUCGGUGAUCCGGUUGCCCGAGGAUAGCCCUUCGAGGAGUGCAUCUUCCCCAAUCGAAACAAUCUACUGUUAGGCCAAAGAAGACCGCCUACGGGGCAGAUUCUGCGGGCUCCGGCGCCCCCCGCCACCUCCGGCGACAUCUACGUCCUCCUCUCGACCUCCUCCACAAAUCCCCUUCGCUUGGUUGGUCCGCCUCCAGCCCUCCACGUACAUCGACGACACAACCAAACCCUAGCUGUCGCCGUCCUCCUUAGUCGUUGACAUCGCGGGAGUGGCCUUCUGCGGCAUCUUUUAUUCUCCGUCUCCCUCAACCAUCGCGUUCCUCAGCCGAGCCACAAUCUCUAGAAGCAUCGGGAGCGCCGAAUCCCGCGGCCAUGGCGGAGAGGCUGGCACCCGAGAAGCGCCAUGCCUUCGUCCACAAUGGGCAGAAGGUUUUCGAAUGGGACCAGUCGCUGGAGGAGGUGAACAUGUACAUCGAGCUCCCCAAGAACGUGCCCACCAAGCUGAUUCAGUGUGUGAUCCAGGCCAGCCACGUUGAAGUCGGCAUUCGCGGCCACCCUCCCUACCUCAACCAUGAUCUUAUGCUCCCCGUGAAGACCGAUUCAUCUUUCUGGACGAUAGAGGACGGUGAAUUGCAUAUCACUCUGCAAAAAAGGGAAAAGGGGAAAACAUGGGCAUCUCCAAUAAAAGGCCAAGGUAGCUUAGAUCCAUAUGCUGCAGACCAGGAACAGAAACGGCUUAUGCUGCAAAGGUUUCAAGAAGAGAAUCCUGGGUUUGACUUCUCGCAGGCUCAGUUCAGUGGUACCUGCCCUGACCCAAGGACCUUCAUGGGUGGAAUUCACACUGAUUGAAGAAGCUCAGCUCAAAAAAUCAUGCUGGAUCAUCGAUGCAUCUUGUCAAAUGUGACAUUCAGAUUAUUCAGAUUAUUCAGAUUAUUCAGAUUAUUCAGAUCAUCGAUGCAUGAUGUACCUAUCGCACAUGUAACUUGUGAAAACAAUGUGCUUUCAGAUUAUUCAGUAUUUACCCUGGAAA